AUGAGUUUCGAUAUUCCUACUGUCGCUGAAAUCCAGCUCGCUGCUGAGAGCGGCCAGCGCAUCACACCAGAUGACGUGUCAGCCAUCUCCCAGGCAGAGAGUGCGUUGACAGGGCAUGGACCUGCGCGGGGCGGACCAGCUGGUGAAGCAACGGCACAGAGUCUGUCAAUGAGACAAAUGAAAUUUGAAGAUAAGGUCAACGAGGUAGCGCGGAAACCAUCAACUGAGAUCUCGCUGGCAGAUGCAGACGAAGUUCAAGCCACAGAGGGUCGAGCAUUCAAUCAACCGCCUGGCGUUGGCUAUGUUUCCGCCCAGGUUCGGUCGAUUGCCGAGAAUAACGAAGCGUUAGGGCUUAUUUCUGCUGCAAAUGUCCCUGGAUUCGUCACAAAAGACGAGGCAAGGAAUGCGCAACAUGCUGAAGCUUUGGCUUAUGGCGGUCAAAACCCUCGAGGAGGAAGGGCAGCUCAGAUUCAGAGUGCAGCCGAUAGAAUCGAUAAUGCUCGACGAGGCAGCUUUGGCAGCCUUUAG